AUGGAGGGGGGGUGAGCGAAAACGCGAGCAAGACGCACGAGAAGGGAACGGCCGCAAACGAUCGAGCGUCCGUACACUUUAAACCCUGCGAGCUAAACCCUACACUUUCUAACCCUACGGUUUUACCCCACUUCCUGACAUCCCAACCAAACUACUAGCUCAAAUCUGUGUGAGUCUGGUGAUCUUGGCAGUUCAGUCGCAGAGUUGUGCGCGCGGCGGAUCUGUCAUUCAGAGGUACGUCAAAACACGGCAGACACAUUUGCUCAGAUGCAGCGCUUUCUGCGCCUGGACGUCUGUCUGCAUCAUGCUUGCAGGUGCUGACGACAGUGCCGACGGCGAACAACGGGUCCACGUGUUUGCGGCAGGUAGGUAGUUUGUGGAGCGGAGGCCGGAUGGGUACACCGCUCGUGAGCCGAGGUGAGCGACUGUCAGUGCCUUACGGCGACUUCAUCUCGAAACUGUACAUCGGAUCACGCGAUGACGCCAAGAACCUUCAGGCGCUGCAAGCCAAUCGAAUCAGGUAGGAGGGAGGCUCGGGAGGGCAGGUGGGAAGGAUCUGACAGGCAAAUCGAGCUCUCAGAUGACGUGUGUGUUUUUUCCUGUCCUUCCUUUCUGCUAUCUAUCUUGUUCGUUCAGGUAUGUGCUCAACUGCACGCCCAGCAAGAACGAUGGCGGUGUGGCCAACUUCCAUGAGGCUCGGCGCGACGCCUUCGAGUACUUCCGCUGUCCGCUCCAGGACAACCCCUCGCAGAGCCUAAAGGGCCACCUGGACGACGCAUUCGCCUUCCUGCACAAGGCACGCAUCCGCGAGGACGGCAACGUGCUCAUCCACUGCAACAAAGGCGAGAGCCGCUCCGUCGCCAUCGCCAUCGCAUUCCUCAUGACGCAGAGCAACAUGUCCUACGACGACGCCCUCGGCCUCGUCCGCAAGGCGAGACCGCAGGCCAAGGUCAACGACGCAUUCGUCCCGCAGCUACAGCAACUGGCCCAGGACAGCGGGGCGGAGAACGGGGUGGCGUCCCAGUCCGGCGACAGGGAUGGGCAGAAGGUGACGAGCGAACCUGAGCCCAAGAGGAGGCGGAUCGGUCCAACCAUGCCCACAGGGAGGACGAUUGGCCCCACCAUGCCGCCGCAAAGAGCUGCCGACAAGAAGGACGAGGCACAAGGGGAGGAGAGCAGGCCCGCGCCAGGCGCAUUCGCUGGUCCUCCAGAAGCUCCGCCAGAUCGAGCUGCUGCAGAUGGAGGCGAGGAGAGGGCUGACGAGGGAGGAGAGGGGGGGCAGGAGGGGGCCAGCACAGAAGAGCCAGGCGCAGUGAGAGUUGGCAUAUGAAUAAAUGAGAUGGGUGAGUGAGAAAGGCCGUGGCCAUGUGAAUCGCAGCACCCAGUGGGGUGGGUGUUUUGGUGUACAGCAUUUCUUUGCAUCUUGGUACAAUACAGGUCAUGUGCGUGGGACAGAGAGAUUAAAGGGGGGGGG